UCGUCCUCGAAUUGCCCCGAAUCUCCACCCUACCAUAUAUUAAUAAUCGCAGUUACAAGGCGCAUCCACAACCGCACGCUAUUGACCUGCUACCCAUAACAUCCUACAACAUGUUCGGCUAUAACCCGUACGGAGACUACUCCAACCCAUACGCGUAUUCGCGCGCCGCGCCUGUAUACUCACCCGAUCAAGACUACCUGCAGGCCCUCGCUGAUGAGCGCGCGGCGCGCGAGCAGUACUUCGCCGCCCGCCGCGCACAAGAAGAGGUCCGCGAGCGUGCUGCCCGUGCGCGCGCGGCACGUCAGGCCUACACGCCGUACAACUCAUACUACUUUGACGACGACGACGGCACUCACGAGGACAAUGACUCCUACGACGGCGCGUACAGCGCCUCUCCGUAUGGCAGCCACGGAUACGGUAUGUCGCCCGCCGCCCGCCAGCGGAGAGUCAUGGCGGAACAGCAAAGGAGGCGCGAGCAGCUGGAGAGGGAGCAAGAGCGCUUGAGACUGGAGGAGGAACGGAGGAAGCUCGCGCAGGAGAGGCGGGCUAUGGAGGAAGAGCGGAUGCGGCAGCUCCUAGCCGACGCGCGGAGACGGCAAGACGAAGAAGAGCUGUAUCGUCAGCGGGCCCACCAAUAUGAUCCUUUCUUGCGCGGCUUCGGCUGGCUGUCUGGAGACGGGGACGGGGACUUGGUAAGCCACUGUUUUCUGACCACGGAUGUUUGCCAAGUAAACUGAUAUCACGCGUAGAACACUCGCACUGCGCGUACACCGUUGCGUUCACAGACCGUC